GGACCCAGGACCCAGCCCGAGGGGCGGCAUCCCCUCCACCUGGAUGACUUGGACGGGAAGGGCAGGGACGCUGCCUGACGUCUGCUCUCCGCACUUGGCCGCCGCGAGGGGCUGGCCCUUGGGGACACGCAGGCGUCUGCGCGUCCCGGGGCGGGGGCUCGGGAGGGGCCGCCAGGCAGGAAUCCUGGUAAAGACCAAGGAGCUCUCUGGCAGGCCUGGCCCGGACUCAACUUUGAAAGGAACCCUCGGGGCUGUUCUUUUUGAAGGUCUCCCAUUUAUGGAGUGUGUGCUUGAGCAAUUUAGGACGCAGUAUGCAUAAUACCGAAUUCCAGGCUCCCCACGGAGAGACUGAAAACAAGAAUACCAGUGGCCAGAUUCUUAAAGCUCUAGAUCCUUGUUCUGCUUACAUCAGUUUGAAUGAGCCGUGGAGGAACACGGAGCAUCAAUUUGAUGAGUCUCAAGGUCCCCCUCUUUGUGACAACCAUGUGGAUGGGGAGUGGUACCGCUUCACGGGAAUGGCAGGGGAUGCCAUGCCCACCUUCUGCAUACCAGAAAACCACUGUGGAACCCAUGCUCCCGUCUGGCUCAAUGGCAGCCACCCUCUAGAAGGUGAUGGCAUCGUACAACGCCAGGCCUGUGCAAGCUUCAGUGGAAACUGCUGCCUCUGGAACACCACGGUCGAGGUCAAGGCUUGCCCAGGAGGCUACUAUGUGUAUCGUCUGACCAAGCCCCGCGUCUGCUUUCAUGUCUACUGCGGUCAUUUUUAUGACAUCUGCGACGAGGACUGCCAUGGCAGCUGUGUGGACACCAGUGAGUGCACGUGCUCUCCAGGGACUGUGCUAGGCCCCGACAGGCAGACAUGCUUCGAUGAAAAUGAAUGUGAGCAAAACAAUGGUGGCUGCAGUGAGAUCUGUGUAAACCUGAAAAAUUCGUAUCGCUGUGAGUGUGGGGUUGGCCGCGUGCUAAGAAGUGAUGGCAAGACGUGUGAAGACAUUGAAGGAUGUCACAGUAACAAUGGUGGCUGCAGCCACCUUUGCCUCGUGUCCGAGAAAGGCUAUCAGUGUGAAUGUCCCCGGGGCUUGGUGCUGUCUGAGGAUAACCACACAUGCCAAGUCCCCGUGUUGUGCAAGUCGAAUACCAUUGAAGUGAGCAUCCCCAGGGACCUGGUUGGCGGUCUGGAGCUCUUCCUGACCAACACCUCCUGCCGAGGAGUGUCCAAUGGCACCCACGUCAACAUCCUCUUCUCCCUCAAGACCUGUGGCACAGUGGUUGAUGUGGUAAAUGACAAGAUUGUGGCAAGCAACCUUGUGACAGGUCUACCCAAGCAGACCCCAGGGAGCAGCGGGGACAUCAUCAUCCGAACCAGCAAAGUGCUGAUCCCAGUGACCUGCGAGUUUCCACGCCUGUACACCAUUUCAGAAGGAUAUGUUCCCCACCUUCGAAAUUCCCCACUGGAAAUCAUGAGCCGCAGUCACGGGAUCUUCCCAUUCACUCUGGAGAUCUUCAAGGACAAUGAGUUUGAAGAGCCUUACCGGGAAGCUUUGCCCACCCUCAAGCUUCGAGACUCCCUGUACUUUGGCAUUGAGCCUGUGGUGCACGUGAAUGGCUUAGAAAGCCUGGUGGAGAGCUGCUUUGCCACCCCCACCUCCAAGAUUGACGAGAUCUUGAAGUACUACCUCAUCCAGGAUGGCUGUGUUUCAGAUGACUCCGUGAAGCAGUACACGUCCCGGGACCACCUAGCAAAGCACUUCCAGGUCCCUGUCUUCAAGUUCGUGGGCAAAGACCACAAGGAAGUGUUUCUGCACUGCCAGGUCCUCGUCUGUGGACGGCUGGAUGAGCAUUCCCGCUGUGCCCAGGGCUGCCACCGGCGGAUGCGGCGUGAGGCCGUGGAAGGAGAGGACGUAGCUGGUCCACGGAGCCAGAUGCUGACAGGUGGCCCGAUCGGCAUCGACUGGGAGGACUAGAACCGCCCAACACCCGACUCCUGGCUCCUGGUUCCACCUCUUUGGAACUUCCCCCUCUGAGAAAACAUCAGUCAACACCUCAGAACAUGGCACUUCUUUAAACCUCAUACUGUGGGUUUAGACUCCCAGAACUGACUCAUUCUGAUUCUGGCCCCUGGGUUGGGAAAGAUCACUUCACUGCUGACUGACCUGGCCCACGUGGGGCUUCAUCCUCCUGACGUUGAAAGCUACACUGUCCCUUCAGAAAGCAGCUCACCCCAUUUCCCACAUUUCUUUCCUACAAUGAAACAACUAGUGUAGGAUGCAAUAGGACCGUUACAAUCAAAAGUUCUGCAUGAUAUUUCAAACUACGAACUUAAAUUAAAUAGUUGCUUGAAAUUAUGACUCAAAUAUCCAACGACUCCUUCAAUAUGUAAAUAAUAAUGAUACCCUGAAAUUUCAAUUCAAACACAGAAUAGUUAUAGGAGAUUUGGAAGUUCCUCAAUGUAAGUAUGUACUAAAAAUACUUUUUGAUUUUUCUCUUGCAUGAUGUUUUCUUUUGAUGUUUUUAUAUUAUCUUAAGUGAAAUAUUUUCAAUUAAUAACUAUUAACAAAUUUAUUAACAUGCAGGGCACCUGGGUGGCACAGUCAGUUAAGUGUCCAAACUCUUGGUUUUACCUCAGGUUGUGAUCUCAGAAUCGUGAGAUCGAGCCCCGAGUCAGGCUCCAUUCAACAUGGAGUCUGCUUGAGAUUCUCUCUCCCUCUGCC